CACCGCCGCCUCUCUCUCUGCUGCUCACUUCUUCCGCCGUUAUACUCUUCUUCUGCUUCUAUCGCCGCCGCUCUGCUACUCUUCUUCGCCUAUUGCCGACGAUCUUCUGUUCUGAUUCUGCCCUAGCCUGUGGUAUUCUUGCUGCAAGGUUAUCACUCAUGAAAGAGGAUAGUUUCAAGAUAUAAUGCCAUUUAGAAGCUGGCAGAGGGGUACGUGCCACUCAACAAAGCAGUCCAAGUGUUCAACUGUUUCCCUAUGUGUUGGACCUAAGACGUGCUAGGGCAUCUGCACUAAAUUUGUUGCCCGCCAUGAAUUGUUUGGGUUUCAUUUGUUAUCAGUAUGGCGGUCGAGAGAUUUGUUCCUGUUAUAGAUCUUGGAUGCAUAGACUCACGUCCUUGAUUUUUUGUGUGUGCCCUGUGAAGGAAAUGUCAGCUUUGUUGUCUCCCAUGUGGAUGCCUCGGAUGGAUACAUAAUGUUUAGGAACUUCCUAUAGGUUUAGAAGUACUUGAUUAGAAUGAUAGGAGUUGCAUUGUAGUUACUAAUAGGGUAGCAUAAAAUGGUUGAUUAGACAAACUGGUAGGUUUGGAAAGCUAGGAUUGCCCUUGGUAGUUGAAGAUAGUUGGUGUUACCGUGACUGUGUGGUAAAAUGGGCAAAUGGUGAAAUGAUGAUCGUUUAAAACAAGAGGGAUCACAUUGGUUGUUUCAAUCGAGCUAUUCAUCUGAGCAGAUCAGCAUCCACAUUGCCGAAUUAGGUAGUUCAGAUGGGCUUGCCACAAAUACCUCUGUGUGGAACUGCUGAAAACGUUGCACCUUCAGGUGCAAGUUUAAGUAGCAUGCCACAGUUUUCUGAAGCAAGCCCUUCUGGUACGACUAUGAGCAGCAUGAACAGUGUAAACACUGGUGGAUUGGCUGCAUACACUCUUGGAUCUUCAUUUGAUCAUUUCCCGAAGAAUUCCUCUGUAGAGAGUUCAAAUGUCCCUGAUAACACAUUUUAUAGGGGAGCCAUGGAAGUCACUUCUAAUGUGCAUAGUUUGAAGAUUGGUCCAUCGGAUAGAACUCAAUUCUCAUCCAAAAGUGGACGAAGUGUUCAUAUUCCUGCUUCUAGGGUGGUUGGUUUUGAAUCAGGUCGAACAAGUUCUCUAACAGAUGGGUUGGCUGAAGUUCCAGCUACGAAUCUUAAUUCUACUUUUGCUGAUGUUGAAGCCAAUGACAGUGAAACUGCGAAUUCGUUGGUGCGGAAGCGACUUUUAUCCCCACUUAGCAGUAUGCUCUCCCCAAGUCAUUUCAAAGGCGACCUUCUUGACAUUGGCUCCAGAAAUGACACGACUGGCUCUUUUUUCAAGAAUGAAAGUGUCAGAAAUUCUGUUGCACAAGACUAUAAGAAGGCGAAUAUUGGAAAUAGUAUCAAUCAUACAAGGCUUUCUUGGUCCUUCACAACUUGUUUGGAGCAAAAACCAAUGCAACGGAGUGCACAAUCCAAUUUGAUAAUUGACGAUCCGUUGCAUGAAUGUCAAGGGCUUCUAUCCCAGGGUAGUUCCCCUACUGUUGGAAUUGAUCACUUUAGCGAAUUAAGCCAGGUCAGGCCACAAAGUGGCUUAAUUUCCGUAUCUCCUAAAAACUUGAGUUCUCCUCUUUCUUUGUCUCCUCUGGGUCCUAAAUUAUUUGAAAGAAUAAAAGUUGCUGGUGAAUCUAGGAGUUUGAUAGAGCAGGUCAAGAAUUGUGACUCAAAUUUAAAGAGCUUAGAGCGCUCAAAUGACAAUUCUAUCUCGUGUGUUACGUUAAAUCAGAAAGACGAUGAUUUCGGAAUUGCAUCCAAAUCUUUUGAAGAUGUUGGCUUCUUGUGCAAAGAUUUCUGUCCUUCUUCUCUGGAUGAUGUUGCUGACAUGGGUUGGAAAUUAUCUCGUGAAUCAGCCCCUCGGUCACACUCCAUGAGGUUCACUAGAAGUUUGAGUGGUCUCUCAGUCAGGAGGUCUUUGGUCGGUUCAUUUGAGGAGUCUCUUUUAUCUGGCCGCUUCUUAUCUGGAAAUCUUAGUAAGAGAAUCGAUGGUUUUCUUGCUGUGCUAAGUAUUACCGGUGGAAACUUUUCUCCUAAAUCACAGAAGCUUCCAUUUUCUGUUACUAGUGUUGAUGGUGAUUGCUAUCUAUUGUAUUAUGCAUCAAUAGAUCUUGCACAAAAUUCUUCAUCAAACAUGUUUAGAGGCCAACUGUUGAAACGAGGACUUAGCAAUGAUGAUUCACAACUUGUCAAAAGCCGUUUACGUAUUCCAAUGAAAGGACGGAUACAACUGGUGCUAAGCAAUCCAGAAAAGACUCCCCUUCACACUUUCUUUUGCAACUAUGAUUUGAGUGACAUGCCAGCUGGUACCAAAACAUUCUUGCGCCAGAAGGUUACCCUUGAGUCAUCAAGCUCCACUUCCCCCCAGUUGAAACAAGGUUUAGCAGGUUUGGAUAAUAGAACGGUGCCACAAGAACAAAAGCAUUGUGACAUCUCAUGCAAUGGAGAAGUAAAGCACGAUGAUGCAGUUGAUCUUGUAAAUAAACUAAAAUCUACAAACCAAAGCAACAGAAAGAGCUCUAGCUUGAAAGAUUUAAUAAAGGAUGAGUAUUCUUCCAAGCAAAAGCAAACACCAAACCAGAUCAUGUCGGAAAUGAUAGGCAAAUGUGGGAAAAAAACUGAAAGUAAGGAAUGGUGGGACAAAACAUGUGACGAAUCAGGGAAAUCACUGAAUUCCUGUGCAAAGGUCAAUGAGAAUUCUAAUAGUGCCCGUCCAUUACGUUAUGCUCUUCACCUCCGUUUUAUAUGCCCAUUUUCUAAAAGGACUAGUAAAACAGUUCCAAAAGGCAGAUGUAAUUCUAUUCCAGAAAAAGCUGGAUUGGAUAUGGAGGGGGAGCGGAGAUUCUACUUAUAUAAUGAUGUCAGAGUUGUGUUCCCUCAACGUCAUUCGGAUGCUGAUGAGGGCAAGUUAAACGUGGAAUACCAUUUUCCUGAAGAUCCAAGAUAUUUUGACAUCAACUGAAAAAUUAUAGUUUACCCUCUCAAAAAGCUUGUUGCUUCUUGUUGACCCACUUGUAUGUACAUAGUUACAUGUCUUUACAUGAAUCAUGUCCUUUGUAAAAGGGGGAAAAAUGGCACUAACCCUCUUUUCUCUUGUAAAUAAUUGACCAUUUCAAUAAUUCAAUGGGUUAACCAUUUUCAA